AUGUCCGGGUCGGUAAAUUUCUACGGAGGUGGAAUGUGCACUAUUCAGCAAGAUUAUGAAGGCAGAUACAUUGAUGUCGAAAAUGAAGGGGUAAGGGAGCAAAACAAUAUCCUUGACCAAAGUCUUUUGCUGUCAUUCGAACCAAAAGGUAACAUCUUCUUCACAAGAGAGUUGAUCCCAUACUUCUGGAAGUGGGCUAUAAGGUACUGGGCUAUCGAUGAUAAUCAUGCCCUUGAAGAUAGAUCCGAUGGCAGUUGGCUUCUUAUAUGCCCUUUGGCAUUGGAUGUUAUUCGUAUUCGGAAAAUCGAACGUGUCCAAUACAAAGAUUUCAUCAUUCGGUUGAAUAGCAGGAAGACUUUCGACAAUCACACAAUGGAAUCUCUUACGUGGAUUCUUGUAUUCAAUAUCCCUCUACAUCUCAAAAGUUUUGACUUGCUUAAAACUAUAGGGAACUUCUGUGGCAGUUUCAUUGAACUCGAUUGGGAUUCCGGGUUCCUUCCCUAUGUUCGUAUCAGGAUCAAGAAAAGUCCCAGCCUACCGGAGUUAAUCCUAAUUAAUCACGGGUCUGUUAUCUAUCAUGCUAAGAUUAUGGUGCCACCGCCGGUGGUUUGA